AUGCAGUCUGAACUCAGCUUAGAUCAUUUCCACGGGCUCAUUGGGGACCGUGUGAACUGCUGCAGUUCAGGCGGAGGGUGGCGCACCAAGCCAAAGGAUUGUGUCUGGGACCCUCAGAGGUCACCACGGAGAACUCCAAUCUCCCACAAAGUCAUCGAGAAAAGAAGACGGGACCGCAUUAAUCGUUGCCUGAACGAACUGGGAAAAACAGUUCCAAUGGCGUUGGCUAAACAGAAUUCUGGAAAACUAGAGAAAGCUGAAAUCUUGGAGAUGACGGUCCAGUACCUGCGAGCGCUCCACUCAGCGGACUUUCCCCGCGGGAGAGAGAAAGGCGAACUACUUGCUGAAUUUGCAAACUACUUCCACUACGGAUACCACGAGUGUAUGAAGAACUUGGUGCACUACCUGACCACAGAGGAUAGAGCUGAAACCAAAGACAUCAAGUACGCAAGGAUCCUCGCCUUUUUACAAUCAAAGUCCCGUGUGGUCACCGAGCCUGUGUUCGGCUCUGUCGGCGCGAUGCCAGAACCGUCUGAAUAUCUCAGCCAGCUGCAUUCCUCCCCGGAGCACCAAAACCACAGCCCCAGUGACUCCGUGUACCAACAGAGUCCACCGGGACACUUCUCGUGGCACAGCUCAGCCCGCAGUCCAGGCAUCUCAUACCCAACAGUGCCACUCUCUGCCCACACACAACAGCACGGUGGAUACUUGUCGCCGGUACCGGGACUCGAUCACCACUAUUUCAACUUCAUCGGGCACACGCACGCAAAUACGUUUAGUUUGCACAAUGCGCAACACGCCAUGUAAAUA